AAGAAACCAAACAUAAAAAGUCUCAAAAAAAAUAGGAACAAGAAACUGCAUAAACAAGAAUUAAUGGGUUCUGGGAAUUUUCUUCAAGUUGUGGCUAAGAACUUUGAUGUCCUUGCUUUGCCUCUAGUCACUCUUGUUUACCCUCUAUAUGCAUCAAUUAAGGCUAUAGAGACUAAGUCUAGUACUGAUGACCAGCAAUGGCUCACAUAUUGGGUACUUUACUCCAUGAUUACACUCUUCGAACUCACCUUCGCCAAAGUUCUUGAAUUGUUCCCCAUUUGGCCUUAUGCCAAGUUGAUCUUUUCAUGCUGGUUAGUCCUACCACAUUUCAAUGGUGCUGCAUAUGUCUACCGCCGCUUCAUCAGACCAGUCUACAUGAACCCUCAAAGAGCAACUUCCACCAUCUGGUACAUGCCACGGAAGAAAGAUGUAUUCAGCAAGCCAGAUGACAUUCUAACUGCUGCUGAGAAAUACAUUGAAGAGCACGGCACAGAAGCAUUUGAAAGGCUUAUGACCAAGGCUCAAAGGGAAGAAAGACCGAGGCACAACAACAACUACAUGAUCUUUGACGAUGACUAUAUAUACUGAAACUGUUGUAUCUGUAUAAAUGAUGUUUGUUGUUGCUAGUAGCAACUUUCUUAUUUGAUUCUAUUUGUCUUGAACUAAAAGAUAUGCUACAUCUCACUAUAUCAUGGUAUGGAAUAUUACUGCUCUUCCUUCGUGGAUAAGUAAACUGGUCUAUCUCCU